GAAUUUUUGGUAAAUUUAAGGAAAACUACAACGACGUUUCAUCGUCGCGUAUCCCGCGCUUUCGAACCCACUCCGCAAAACUCUUCAAUCUGGACUUAAUUAUUGGGGCUGGGAUAUUAAUUUAACAACAAAUUGGCAACCCCAAUAAUUUAAAAAUGUCCGGAUUCGCGGCAGCGGGUCUCGGAGCCAUACAGGCUAUUAAAAUAAAAGCAACAGAAAAAAUUUCAACAUUUCGUACAACAAGAACAAGUAACACAGAGGGCUAUGAGGAAUUUGAGCCAUCAAAGACACCAGGAGUCAGAGCAAAUCAGGGAUUCGAAGAUGAAAGAGGAUAUUUAGGACAGCCAUCAUUUGAUUCAUUGCCAGAACCAGAAAGACCACCAUUACGUCAUAUUGAUAUGUAUUGUAUGCCGGAACUUCCAUGUCUAUCAAAGAGAUACACUAUUGCAGUAUUGGCUUGUAUAGGUUUUGUUAUAUCAUUUGGCAUGAGAUGUAACAUGGGAAUGGCAAAAUUAAUAAUGAAAAAUUUAAAUUCAACAAUUGAAAUUGGUGCUGGUAAUUCAACAAAUCAUACAACUAGAAAAUUAUUUAAUUGGUCAGUUGCAACUGAAAGUGCACUUGAUUCAUCAUUUUUUUGGGGAUAUUUAAUAACCCAAGUACCAGGUGGUUUUUUAGCAUCACUAUAUCCAGCAAAUAAAAUAUUUGGUAUUGCAAUUGCAGUAUCAUCAUUUUUAAAUCUCCUUGUACCUGGAGCCUUGAGAAUUAAUCCAAUUCUUGAUAUGCUUGUACAAGUUUGUAAAGGACUUGCUGAGGGUGUUACUUAUCCUGCUUGUCAUGGUAUCUGGAAGUAUUGGGCACCACCACUUGAAAGAUCUAGGCUUGCAACACUUGCUUUUUGUGGUUCAUAUGCUGCUGUUGUCAUUGGCAUGCCACUUUCUGGCAUACUAAAUGAUUUGUUUGGCUGGUCUGCAUCAUUUUACUUUUAUGGUAUUGCUGGUUUAAUUUGGUAUGGCUUUUGGCUAUGGUUGGGCUUUGAAAGACCAUCAAAACAUCCAUGUAUAUCAGCACGUGAAUUACGAUACAUUGAAGAUUCAUUGGGACAAGCACAAUCACAAGCACCAAUGCCAACAUUUUCAACAACACCUUGGCAUGCAUUUUUUACAUCAAUGCCUGUUUAUGCAAUUAUUGUUGCAAACUUUUGUCGUUCAUGGAACUUUUAUCUACUUGUACUAUUUCAAGCAAGAUUUUUUCAAGAAUCAUUUGGCAUGGCUCCAAUUGAGACUGGCUUUGUUGGAUCACUGCCACAUUUAUUAAUGACAACAAUAGUACCUCUUGGUGGUCUUCUUGCUGAUCAUUUACGUAAAAAUGGUAUAAUGACAACAACAACUGUUAGAAAAGUAUUUAACUGUGGUGGUUUUGGUAUGGAAGCAUUAUUUUUUCUUGUUGUUGCUCAUUCAACAACAGCUGCUGGUGCAACAGCAGCUUUAACUGUUGGUGUUGCUUGUAGUGGUUUUGCAAUAUCUGGUUUCAAUGUUAAUCAUCUUGACAUUGCACCACGUUAUGCCAGUAUACUUAUGGGAAUGUCCAAUGGAAUUGGAACAAUUGCCGGUUUACUUGUUCCAUUUUUUGUUGAUUAUAUGACAAGAGACAGGCGUCCAGAAGAAUGGAGCAGAGUAUUUGUUGUUGCAGCUUGUGUUCAUGCAAUUGGUGUAACAUUUUAUGCAAUAUUUUGUUCUGGUGAACUUCAAGCAUGGGCUGAUCCAUCACUUGAAGAGCAAAAAACUUGGAAUCCACUUGAUGAUCUUGGACAGACAAAACCACCAGUACCACCACCACCAAAAAUUGCACAGUCACAAUUUAUUCGACAACCAUCGUUGGAUGUUAAUGCAGCAUGGGACAAUGAUCAAACAAAUAAUGGAUACACCCAACAAUAUGAUACUAGUGAAAAACAUCAGCCAAUAAAUUAUGGUGCAACUGAAACAAAUCCAAAUAAUCCAUUUGUUUCAUCGACAAAUCCAUUUACAAGUAGUGUCAGUGAAAAUUAUGUUCAACCACAACUUGAUCAUGAUGUCAUGCAGAAUAAGUGGAAUUAAUUCAUCAUUUAUCAUCCUUGAAAUAGAUAAACUAUUAAUGAGGUUAGUAGAAUUUAUCGUUUAUCAAUUUGAAGCAGAGUCUCAAGGUGAUUUAUAUAUUUAUUCUACAAAAAAAUAUGAAAAAAUGACUUUGAUUCUUUGAUUAGAUUUUUUUUCGAAAUUGUUCUUCAUAUCAUGUAGACUUUCAAAUGGUUUUUUUUAUUUUUUUUUUAUCUAUAAUAAUAUGGAUUUUUUAUUCGUAACUGAGUCACCCUGGGACUCUUAAUUAGAUGUUAUUUAAAUAAUUGGAAUACUCGAGAAAUCUCAACGAGAAAUAUAACUAAAAUACAAAAAAUUUAAUAAUAAAUCUACGUGAUUAAAGUAA